AAGUUAAGCUUUCUAGCUGGACGACAGGGACUACUGUUGGACGAGGGAGGACAGGCACCCGCACACUGGGAACAGAGGUUGCCGCCUCCAUAUCAGGCGGGCGAAAUGCUCGUCCGUUGUGGUCGAAUCCUAGGGACGCUGCUGUCCGCCAACUAAUGAACCUUGGUCAGGCUCUCCUAGGUCGCAUUCUACACCAAGGCGCAUUAGUCGCAUAUCCUUUGAUGUGUGCGAAGGAACUGUCCUAGUGUCGGGACUUCUCUUUUGUCAGACUUUGAUAGAUAGAUGACACAGUCUGGAUAUGCUCCGAUCUAGUGUUUACUCUGCAGCAUCCAGCUGCUGCAAACGUAGAGCUAGGAUCGUUACGAGUUCUGGCGCACCGGGGUCUGCUCGCAGGGAGUGGACUGCAGCUUCUAGAACGUGAGGGCGUGCUGGAGGGUAGUAGUUGCAGUGGUUUGUAGUAUAGAGAGAAUUUCGAACCCUUUUUUUUUUCUUUUUCUUUUUCUUCGGGUGGAUGCCUUGGUGAACAUCUUCGGACAAGGGCUGGUCGCGCAGGGUGGGCGCAGACAGUUGUGAGCACAGCGAAGCCAUGAGUACUGUGGUGAAGCCGGGGGGACUUUUGUCGUCAAUAUCGUCUGGUAUAUCCAACUGUCGCAGCAAAGUCCGCAGCUACAUCGCAACUGAGCACUCGGAGGUCGUCAACCCGGACGGAAGUAACGUUGAGCAGGAUGAGACUGCAUCCAGGUUCAAGGUGGAGGAGCGGGAAAGCCUUUGGACACAGGUUCACAAUUAUAUUGGAUCUGAUGUAUCGUCUUUGAUUACCCUGCCAGUUACAAUAUUUGAGCCUAUGUCCAUGCUACAGAAGAUGGCUGAGAUAAUGGAAUAUUCAUACCUUCUUGAUAAGGCUGACCAAUGUGAAGAUUCUUCGAUGAAGUUGGUCUAUGCCUCUACAUGGGCAGUAUCGGUGUACUUCGCAUAUGCGCGGACCUGGAAGCCUUUCAAUCCCAUUCUCGGUGAGACCUAUGAGAUGGUCGACAAGAAUGGCCUCACGUUCUUGGCAGAGCAGGUGAGCCACCACCCACCAAUGGGAACUGCUCAUGCGGAGAAUGAGCACUUCAGCUACGAUGUUACUUCAAAAUUGAAGACCAAGUUUCUUGGAAAUUCGGUGGAUGUGUUCCCUCUUGGAAGGACAAGAGUGUUGCUGAAAAAAUCCAACAUGGUGCUUGAUUUGGUGCCUCCGCCGACCAAAGUGCACAACGUGCUUUUUGGACGAACUUGGGUAGAUUCCCCAGGCGACAUGGUCAUGACAAAUCUCACAACAGGGGAGAAAGUUGUGCUUUACUUUCAUCCAUGUAAUUGGUUCGGGAAGAGGCUUGGACGCGCGCUAUCAUUUGGAAGGCGGAAGGGAAAAUCUCAAGGGAGGGGACGCAACGACAUCGACGGGUUUGUUUACAGCAAGGAUGGGCAACCCAAGAUGAUUAUGACAGGAAAUUGGGCUAAAUCCAUGAGCUACCAGCCAUGCAACGCCGACGGUGAACCAGUUGAGAGGGCUCAACUGAAGGAGAUUUGGAGGGUAGCUGAUGUCCCGAAGGGUGACAAAUACCAGUACACGCAUUUUGCUCAUACUAUCAAUAGUUUCGACUCUGCCCCACCUACACUUCUCGCAUCUGAUUCUCGUCUGCGACCAGAUCGAUAUGCAUUAGAAAGGGGUGAUGUCAGCAGCGCUGGCUUUGAGAAAUCCAGGCUAGAGGAGAGGCAAAGAGCGGAGAAGAAGCUCAGAGAACAGAAGAGACAAGAAUUCGUGCCCCGCUGGUUCAAAAUGUCCGGUGAGAUUGCCCCAACUCCAUGGGGGGAGCUUGAAGUCUACGAGUUCAACGGCAAGUACCACAAACGCGUGGAGUCGAGUCCUGCAGGCCACACGGUGAACGUCGAUCAGUUUCGGUCCAUGGCGUUCGACCCCUGGCAGUUCGGAGCAUCAGGAGAGCAGAACGUCGUCCACGGCUCGCAAGUCGUGCCUGUGUCAGUGGAGCCGACCUUGUUGGUAGCAGCCUCGUGACAUGAGAACCUCUCACUCUAACGCCUGUCGUUUAUGAUUCGAAGUAUGAAUCCUGCAUGUUGCGAUGGGGACGUCACCCAUCUCGGCAUUUCUCUAGACUAGGAAACACAAGACGCGCUUCGUUAGCUCUGGCGGCUCGCCUCGUUUUUAUUUCUCUUUCUGCACAUUAGAUUUCCUCAUUUAUUCAGGAGGGUCGGUUUUAUCCAUGCUGUGAAUAUUACUCCCCGUUAUUGAACAUCAUCGACUUAGAUAAGGAUGAGCAAGUUUAGGCUGACCUCCACCUCGUACUAUGGUCCCACCCCUUCCUCGAAACUGGAAGGCCUUUGUGUCUCUGCACACAGAUCUGACAGUUGAGGUGAAUAUUCCAUCACACGAAGGCAAGAAAUGUUGCUCUCUUUUCCUUGAUGGAACCGAAUUUUAUGACCACUAAUAAUGUAAUUUUAAAGUAGAGAUUCGCCCUUGUGCAUCCAUUGUGUUUCGGCAGACGAUAAUUGUUGACUACCACAUCAUGCUCUUCCUUGCUCGGAAAGGGUGGUGUUCUUAAAAACUGA